AUGACGCCCAUGGGACCCUCUCUGGGUGGGCUAUUUGCUGGAGGGUUCCCCUCCCUCAGGCCUAUAGGACAAAGAGACUUAUUAGUCAAGACCUCAGUGUCUCGAUCAAGCUCGUCAGCGUCCCUGAAGCCGCUGUGGAACCCACCCACGUCCUCAGACCCGGAGCCCCACAUGACGCCGGAGCCCCGCACCUCCACCCACCGCGCACACGCUCCCUCAUCCUCCGCUCCUCCCUCUCCCUCUCACGGCAGCAAGCACCCUCCUCUUUUCCCUGCUUCCUCCCCCCCUCUGAUUCCCCCGGCCCCUCCCUCUGCUCCUCCCCCACCGCCGCCCCACCAAGCCUUCCAGGACCGUCCCGCCAGCAGGCCCCCGCCGCUCCCCUCCUGUCCUCCCCCUCCACCGCCAUCCCAGGUCACCAAGCCCACCUGGCUUCCCAUCCAGCACUCCCAUCACGCUUCCAUCUCCCAGCCCUCUACUCCUCCUCCUCCUCCACCACCUCCUUUCCAUCCUCCAUCCGCUGCCCCAGGGGACCGCACCUCGGGAUGCUUCUACCCUCUGCUUCCCUCUCCAGUCCACUCCGAGCCGUCGAGGUUCCCCAUCCUGCGGGACAGCCCUCUGGGACCUCCUCCCCCACCUCCUCCUCCACCCCUCCCAUCUUCCUUUACCCCCACCUGCCCAACCAACCUCCCUCCACCGCCGCCAAAGAUGGCCCCAGUGCCCUCCCCAGCCAUGCGCUCACUGCCGCCGUCCUACCCCUGCAACGCUCCCACCCGACGGCCUCCUGCUGUGCCCAGAAGUGCAGGUGCGGGUCGGCUGGCUCCUCCUCCAGCUCCUCCGGCACGUUCCCCGAACACGGAGCUGUCCAACCGCAUUCCUCCCCCUCCGCCUCCACCUCUCCUGCCCCCAUCCAGUCUCAGGAACGGACACCUGCACGCUCUGGCAGAUGAUUUUGAAUCCAAGUUCCACUUCCACCCGGUAGAAGAUUUACCUCCUCCAGACGAGUUCAGGCCCUUCCAUCGGAUCUACCCCAGCAAAGAGAACAGAGUGAACCCCAAACCACCAAUGAUUAGGACACACCUCAGAUGAGUUCAGGCCGUUCUUCGUCCCCCACACAGCAAAAGAAAAAGACUCUGUUCCUCCUCCUCAUGACAAUAACACAAUUGCCAUGGACUUGUUUGGAUGCGAGCCCUGUGUGUGUUUUGUUUGCGUUCAGUAUGUUAGCAUGUGUGGAUGUGGCGAGUGUCAAACAGGCUCCAUGCCUUAUACUGACUAUGUGACCUUCUGACCUUUUCCAGUGUGGAAUGUUUUGAAUCCGUGUGAGGAGGAGGGCACUCCCUACUUAUAAACUACACACACACACAUACACACACACACACAUACACACACACACACACAUUACUCCAAGGACAGUGGCUCCCACUAUAUUUAACAUGACUCUUGACACAGUGUAAAACCUCAAGCAUUUCAGUAUCUACAAGCAUAGAAUAUUUUUCAUUAUACCUCUUGUGAUACAGUAUAUGUCAAAGAGAUGUUUUAUUAUGUUAUAUAAAGUGACACUUUUAAAGUCUGAAUUCAACCAAAAAACAACCACCAACAGCUUCUGUACAAGGGGCAGCUCCUUGUACACAGUUAUAUAUAUAUUACAACUUGCGCUGACAUCACAUUUUAAUCAUAGUUUAUAUUUAAAGAUGGACGACAUGACCGUUCUCCCAAAGUGAAGCCAAGGUGUCUCAAUCGCCACCUAGUGGCUGGCUGCAGUAAAGGUCACAAAUCACGCCUCCUUAAUGUUAGUGGUCACAGUACACGACAAAAAGUACUUUUCUCAAAGAUGGUUUCUGUCAUUUGAAGUAGUUCUUACCACACUAUUCAAGUGAUACUGUUUACAGUAAACAGUAUGUUUUUAAGUUGUAUCCGUUUUCCUCUGUUAUGGGAUUUCGAUGCAGCCAAUGAUUCAGCCUUAUUUCAAUGUUAACCUCAAUGAGGGAAAAAAAAGAUCUCAGCUGAACACAUUUCACAAUUAUACUUAACUGAACAUUCAGUGCAACGGUGCUCUCCUGUGUUUAUGUGAUUAUUUUUCUAAACUCCAAAAUAAAGUAUUAAAUUGUUCAAAAACAAAA